AUGUCUUCAAACGAUAGCGUUUUGACGAGUUCCGAGGACGGCAGGAAGGCUCUCCAUGCAUGUUCUACAUGCCGAAAACAAAAGAAAGGGUGUGACAAAGUGCUCCCGAGUUGUUCGGUAUGCCGCAGACUGCAGCGGCCUUGCGUGUACGACCCUAUCCCUUCGGCAUCCGGAUCAGACAGCCUGGAAUCGCUGGCACGGCGAGUCUCGGAACUGGAAAAUGAGUUGAGGGAUCACCGAGACAUGUGUGAAGGGAGAGUUGAAUCAAAUUCGUCGUCCCGUGUCCCCGGCCAUACGAAUGAAGCACCAUUCCCUGCGUCGACUGCCUUUCCUCCGGUCUUCUUCCUCGAUGUCAAUGUUUUCAAACGCCGCAGAUUGAAAGCUCCCAUGCCCCAAAUGGCCAUCCAAGACAACAUCUUCAAAGAGAUAGGAAACGACCUGGACAUUCGGGCUACUGUUGGGGCUUAUUUCUUCUCUACGGCUACCUGGAUGUCGAUCGUCUCCAAGAAGCAACUCCAUCAAGAGAUAUCUGCUUUUCCGAUUGAGAUGGCACCAGAUGUUGUGCUUUUGAUUCUGUGUAUGAAACUGGUCAAUGGUAGACCGACCGCCGGGGUGCACGAUCAUCGGACGAGACUUUAUGCUGUUGCAAAGAACUUCUUUCUUGCUGUUGAGUCGAGUGGAUUCGCUUCCAUCAGGUUGUUGCAAGCUGGGAUCUUACUUUGUAUUUACGAGACGGGUCAUGCGAUCUACCCACAAGCCUAUAUAUCAAUAGGCCACAUUGGCAGAUUGGGCCAGGCAAUUGGAUUGCACGACACUGAUGGCGUGCCUCAAUUGGCACUUGAACCAGGCAGCUGGGAUGAGAUGGAAGAACGGAGACGAGUUUGGUGGGCUGUUUACGUCCUGGAUCGACACAUGAACAUUGGGAAUCCUUCUCGGUCAUUAGCUUUAGCUGAGACGGGGCGAAAGGAGUAUCUUCCAGUUGAAGACAAGGCGUGGGAGCUAGGAGAGGUAAUUGUUAGUGAGCCCCUCUUGGUAUCAUCAUCAACGAACAUCACUCUAUACCACCAUUCUUCGAGCACGGGCCAGAGCGAAUACUCCCAGAAUCCAGACCACGAUUUAUGCCAAUUUGGGUCCGCCGGGCUACACUCCCUCGUUUCAGAACUUGACGCAUACGCUCGCCAUAUCCAAUCCAUUUUACCGUACAAUAUCGAUCAAGCAUCACCGCUAAUUGUUAAUUGUCUCUAUCGAAUGGCUGUAUGGCUUUCCGACCUGUCGGUGGACAUAACAAAACCAGACUAUUCAGCAACUUUGAAUCUCAUGAAAGCAACUCUGUCGAAGCUUGCGUUACGGUGGAGAGUCGCUAGGGAGUAUUUACAAAUACUUGAGGACUUCGAAUCAGCUUCUCCCGUUGAUGGAGCGAUGAUUUUGGAUCCUCAUCCUAUGUCAGAGUAUCCACAGCCACCAAAUAGUUGA